GUCCCUCACCUCAACCCAACCCAACCAUGGACGACACAUUAGCACAAGUCGCAGAGAAAUGCGCGCUCCAACUUGAAAUGUACCAGAAAUGUGUCGAGAAUUACCCAAACACAUGGGACCAGAGUUGUGCCCAACAAAAGAAGGCUCUGACCAAGUGUUCAGAAGAAAACGUUGGUAUCCUCAAGUACGUUAAGCAACACUGCACACCCCAAAUUAAACUAUACGACACCUGUUUGCAAGAAAAUUCCAAUGAGCCUGAGAAGUGUAUUCAAGCAUUGAAGGAACUCUACUUUUGCACCGAGGUGACGGCUAUGAACUAUAAACAAUCUCAGCAGCCCCCAGCUCCUGAAACCAAAGCUGAAGACAAGAAAUAGAAUAAAUAAUGUAGAACGAAUGUGUAGCUACUUUAAUUGAAAUCAUUCUUUGACGUUGAGUCGAUAUUUACAGUACAAUUGCAAAAGAGAGGUAUCAGAGGUGAACGUCUUGUAUACUAGAAGAGCUAUAAGUUUCUAGCUGACGCUUUCCUCUUCGUAGCAUAUAUUCUAUGGUUGAAAAAUCGUUCUUCCUCAAAUUAUGCUGACGGAAUUGUUGGCGUAUGAAUGUAUAAAAAUGCGGACGAUUCUCCAAAGGCUUUUGUCGAGCAGCUCUGAAACAAGAUCGAUACAAGUUGAUUACGUCUUGCUG